UCUUUCCCCAGCUAUAAAUCCUGGAGUGAUUCUCUUCGUAUCGCUACAAGCAGUUCAAUGGCAAGAACACGGCAUAUGGCAGACCACUGAGCAGUAUAUUUCAAGUUGAAUCAAAAGUCAGAUCAACAGUGCACUGAUGAAAAGACAAUCGCUGGUCCAGCAUGUAAAUGAUGAAAUGCACGCUUAAAACGAAAUCUAAAAUGUUAACGAUGAUUUUGAAGAAACAAAGACAAUGUUUCGCCCCAACCGUCGACCGUUGGUCAGUUAACGGUUUGCACUUGGGCUGGUGAAGAAGUCUUCCAAAUACAACGUUCCACGAAAUCGUCCUUGUUAUAUCCGAAAAUGCAUUUUAAAAUUUUCUUACUCUUUACGAUAUGCGCAGCGGUGUCUGGUUACUUCAUAGAUCCAGUGGAUUUCCUCGACGAGGAUGAGCCAAAACGAUCAUUGCCAAAAUAUAAUGGUUGCUUCAAGCUGGAAGAUACGAUUUGCGCGAAAUACACCGCAGAUGACUGCUCAAGAAAAACACAUCUUCCUUUCCAGUGUCCCAGGAUGUGCGGGGGAUGUGCCCCAUUUACUCCGAAGUGUCCCAAAGAAUAUCCAUUUGGCUGCUGUUGGAAUGGUGAAGAGGCGACUGAUGUGAAGAAAUCUAAUUGCCCAAAAUGCGAGGAUAUAAGUCCAGCGUGCAAGAAUAAGGCUAUAAAAGAAGAUUGUGAUUACAGCUAUAACACUGCGAUGACCAGAGAAGGCUGUCCUGUCACCUGUGGGGCUUGUCGUGAUUAUGGCUUUGAGCCCUGAGAAGACGCUGACCCUAGAUGCGCAAAGAUGGAGGUUUAGUCAAAGCUCAGAAAUUCUGCGAGAUAUUUGCAAAGAAACCUGCGGUAUCUGUGCUUAAAAAACAUCUGUCUUUGUAUUCUUGGUAAAUUCAUUGAUUCAUUGUAGUUAGGGAGUGCCAUUCGCACAUGGAAUGAGCAUGAACAACUUUUAUCUGUUUGAGAAUGGCUUCAGACUCCAUAGAAAUCGUGUUGAUGUUAACUGUACAAAUUCUGAAAGCGAGCACGAUGCUGUAUUAGUGUAUAGUUUGCAGCGUGUGCUUGUCUUAUUGUAAUUCUGAAACCAAGGUACGAAAUUUCAAUAAGGCAAUAAAAAGCAAUAACAGCAUAAUUGGCAUAUAUCUAUAAGUUUGAAUGAAAAUUUAAAAAAAUCCGAUGAUUUGAAACGCCUUAU